AUGGAUCUUAGACGUACAAUUAUAAUUCUUAUGGCAAUAGCUUGUGUUAUAACUAUAAUAGGUGUUAUUCAUUGUCAUGUAAAUUAUCCAUAUAAUCCAACAAUAUCUGCUUAUCGUAUGGGUUAUUCAAUAGUUUUUCCGAUUUUAUUAACUUUAACUGGUUUUCUUCUAAUCGAACAAUUAAUGAUAACUGAUGGUACACUUGCACCAUUGAAUCGUCUUCGAACUAUUUAUGCUUUUGCUGCUGCUAUUGCUCUUUUUGUUUUUGGUAUUGGAUCAGCAAUUGUAGCUAGUCGGUGGUAUGGUUCUGCUCCACAUGAUGCUUAUCAUCAUAGUGCUGUUAUUGCAUCUGUCAUUGCUUUUGUUGGUAUGGCAGUUUAUAUUGCUGAAGCAGUGGCACGCAAUCGUAAAAGUCGUAUCAUCUAA